UGCCCGUCCUUCAUCACACUAGCGCUGGUACCCGCCUAUGUCGGACGUCUGGAAAAUUUGUGCAAACUUAACAAACUCACUGACUUAUUGACAAUUAUCUGUUGCAUUUCCUCCCUAACCAUAUUUAAUUUUUUUUUGCGCUGGAUGAAUUAGUCUAUCACGUUAUUGGGGGUUAGUCCGUAGGCCUGCGGGCCUAUUUUCGCGCGUGUUUUUCAAAAUAAUACAAAAUGUCUUUAUUAGUGAAACUGAAUAGCUUCAAAAUACUCAAAUUUAAAAACGAGAAGUACGUAUGUCUAGAGUUCAGAGAUAAGUGUAAAAUAAUAGAGUAGAGUGUAGAAGGAACACUUUUAGAGUUUGGUUUAAGCGAGCGAUUAUAAGUUAACAAAACUAUAUCAGCUGCAGGAUACUUUACACGAAAUAUUUAAUGCGCAACAGGCGCGGGCAUGUUGGGGCGCAGGGGAGAGAAGGGGACUGUUUCCCGCUCGGAGACGUGCCCGCCCUUCAUCACACCAGCGCUGGCAGCCGCCUAUAUCGAACGUCUUCGAAGCCUGGAAAAUCUACGAAAACUUAACAAAUUCACUGACUUACUGACAACUAUCCGUUGCAUUUCCUCCCUAAUCGUAUUUAAUUUUUUUUUGCGCUAAAUGAAUUAGUCUCACACGUUGUUAUUGGGACUUAGUUCGUAGGCCUUCGGGCCUAUUUCCGCGCGUGUUUUUCAAAAUAAUACGAAAUGUCUCUAUUGGUGAAACUGAAUAGCUUCAAAAUUCUCAAAUGUGGGAACGAGAAAUACGCACGUCUGGAGUUUAGAGGUGCAGUCAAGUACUCAUGCGUAAUAUUGGACAAUGAAGAUAUCAUCUAUGUUAAUCAGCGCUUCGAGUGGCCGGUGUCGCGUGCAGUGACCGCCGGAGAAGUUCUAACUCUUCAGCUGAUUUCACGUGGACGAUGGGGCAACCAUCGUGUACUGGGAGUGUACCGACUUGGCCUCCAGAUCGUCGUGAACGACGGUCAGCUCUGCAUCACCGACACGCUGGUUGACGACAAGAAUAAAGCUGUACCGGUAUUCGUCGACAUGGAGGUCUACUACAAUGCACCGAUAAAACCCGCCAUGUCAAUUGAAGAAGUUCCAUACCGCAGCGAUAUUAUUUCUACAAAGGGUUCCAACCAUAACGCUAUACUACCAUUAGUUCAUGGCUCUGCACAACCAUCAGGUCAUGGCUCUGCACAACCAUCAGCCCAUGGUUCUGGACAACCGUCAUCUCAUAGCUCUGCACAACAAUCAGUGCAUGGGUCUGCACAUCCAUCUGUGCAUGGCUCCGUAGCUGGAUCUCUUCACGGAUCCACUCAUAGCUCUGCACCUCAGUCCGACAUCGACGAGGACAAUGCCCUUGAGGAUAUUGAACGUAACAUAGCGAGCCUAGAACGUUCUCUCCAGAAUAAGGAUACAUUGAUCGAUAUAGAAUCAGGAGACGAGUCCCGAGCCCGCAAACUGAAGAUCGCAGGGAAACGCUUAAUUAAACGCGGCUUCAGCAUGGGCGCGGAUAAAGUGGUAACCAUAUCAGAGAAGCGUGCGGAUCACAAGCGUAUAACCACAUUUAAGAAUGUGAGAAGCCUGAUCCGAAUUGGACGAGCGCGUCCUCGUGACAGUAGCGGCGAUGAGGAGCAAGGUCUUCUAGACAUGCCGGGGCCAUCGACCGAGCCCGAUCGUCCUAUAAGUCAAACUUCCGUCUCAUCUGAUGAAGUGCUGGUCGACACACGGUCGCCGGCAGAAAUACAGAAGAUUAAAAAGAUACGAAAUACCAUUGACGCAUCUGGAAUCCCUGCGCUUAAAGCUGCUGACUUCCAAGUUUGCGUCACGGUCAUCGAGGCCCGCCAGCUGGCUGGACUAAACAUGGACCCGGUGGUGUGCGUGCAGAUCGGCGAUGUACGGAAAUAUACUAGUGUAAAAGAGAGCACCAACUGUCCUUACUACAACGAGUACUUCGUCUUCGACUUCCACAUGCCGCCAAUAAUGCUGUUCGACAAAAUUAUAACUUUGUCGGUCCUGCAGUCUCGCAAUAUUUUGCGCGCGAACAAAUUACUCGGCAACUUUAAACUGGACGUUGCUACUGUGUGGAGUCAGCCAGACCGCCAGUUUUACCACAAGUGGGCAUUACUAACAGAUCCUGUCGACGUAGCAGCGGGCGCCAAAGGUUACCUAAAAUGUGACAUUAGUGUUAUUGGCAAAGGGGACACCGUCAAAAUCCCACCCAAGAGUGAAAAGGACGAAGAUGAUAUUGAAGCGAACCUAUUGCUCCCAGACGGCGUGCCUAUAGAGCGACAGCGCGCCAAGUUCAUAGUGAAGAUCUACCGAGCUGAUGGUCUGCCAAAGAUGAACUACUCAAUCUUAGCCAACGUGAAGAGAGCUUUCACGGGCGAAACUCAAGAUCUUGUAGAUCCUUAUGUCCAAGUGUGCUUUGCUGGAAUGACUGGUUGCACAUCAGUUAAGAAAAAUUCUUACACCCCAGUAUGGAAUGAACAGAUCGUAUUUACUGAAAUGUUCCCACCACUUUGUCAACGUAUCAAGAUCCAGUUGAGAGACAACGAUCCUGUCCACCCGAAUAUUAUCGGCACGCACUUCAUAGAUUUGAAAACUAUAUCUAACGAUGGAGAAAAAGGAUUUCUACCAACUUUUGGACCUGCUUUUGUACACCUCUACGGUUCCACUCGUGAUUAUAGUUUGAUAGACCAACACGCUAACCUUAACGUAGGAAUGGGAGAGGGAGUUUCCUAUAGAGCAAGGAUUCUCAUAUCUAUCCGCACUGAAAUCUUGGAUAAUAUGGAAUGCCCAGCAUCAGAAGUUCAAGUGGAGCCAAUUCUAGCUAUCACCGAAUCUAGUUUUGAAAAGAACGAAGAAUUCUUUUUGUUUGCCAGCAUUUUCGAUGCAAAUAUGAUUGAUAAACGUCUUACCGAUAAACCUCUGCAAUUUGAAUUGAGUAUUGGUAAUGCUGGCAAUUCUUUAGACGGUCACAAUGAAUCUGUCAAACGACCACAAGACUUGGAGGCUGAAGAACUUAAUGAUAUGAGUCCUGAUACAGGAUAUUGGCAAAGUGUGACUCAUCCAACAAAAGCAACGUCAAGCGAUAAACAUUACUAUUAUUUGCCAUAUUGGGACAAUAAGCAAUGUAUGCAUGUCCGGAGUAUAUGGCCGGAUCAUCGCAGGCGGAUGUAUAAUUCUAAUCUUAUCGACAGGAUCAUCGAAAAAUUCGAAGAAGGCCUAUCAGAUAUCCAAAUGGCGAUCGAAACGGACUUUGGACCUGACAACAACUGUGUAGCAGCACUAAAGUCUGUAUUGGAAACCACAAGCAAUGCUUGUGCAGAGUAUGUUCGUCAUAUGACCAACGCCCCGCCUAUUGGAAACACCAAGUUGGACAGGGAGAGACAAAAGUUAUGCCUCUUCGAAAUAGAACAUAUUGGAACGAUGUCGAAAAGCUUAAAAGCGCUUAUUACAAAACAUUCCAUAAAGGAUCGGUUGCGAACUGCUUUCACUUAUCUGACAAAAUUAAAACACCUGUGUGAAGAUGCCCAACACGCAAUGCCAGAUAUCUUCAUCUGGAUGGUGAGUAAUGGAAAGCGAUUAGCAUAUCAAAGAAUUCCUGCUAGAGAUAUCAUAUACUCGGAUUAUCCUAAUGAGUGUGGAAAAUAUUGUGGAAAAAUGCAAACUCUAUUUAUGAAGUGGCCAGGAAAAAAAGCUUCAACUCCAAGUGGUUGGGCAAUACCGGCUAAAAUCAAUGUAUACAUUUGGUUAGGGCUACUGCAAGAUAAAAAACACUACAUCGAUGGACUACCUCAGGGCUACGAAGUGAGCUCUGAAUUACGAAAUGCUGACAAGUUACGUUCCAAUGCACCUUCUACUAUAUUUUACGCUGAAAAACAUAAUUUCCAAAUGCGUGCUUAUGUAUACCAAGCUAGGUCAUUGAUAGGAUCCGAUUCAUCUGGCCUGUCUGAUCCUUUUGCAAGAGUAGUGAUUGGUGACAGUAGUGCAACAACUCAAGUCAUAGACGAGACAUUAAGUCCUACAUGGGAUGAGUUACUUGUAUUUGAAGAUAUUUUGCUAUACAGUACAAUUGAACAAAUAAAAGCUAACCCGCCAACCAUUAUUAUUGAAAUUUUUGACCAAGAUAAAGUAGGAAAAUCCGAAUUUAUAGGUCGAACACUAGCAAAACCACAUAUAAAAGCUUUCGAAGAUACAUACGAAAGACCACAAUUUCCUCCUUCUCUUGAAUGGUAUGACAUUACACGUGGCGAUGACAGGGCUGGUGAACUGCUCGCAACAUUUGAGUUGCUAGAAAUUCCUGCAAAACAGGAUUCAUCUAUAUUACCUGAGCUCCCAUCUCCGAGGAAAGCUAAUGGAAAGCCACCUAUUGAUACAAAUAAAGGUCCAAUACUUCCAGUACCAAGAGGAAUACGUCCUACUUUAUCAAAAUACCGUAUUGAAGUUUUGUUUUGGGGUUUACGUGAUCUCAAACGUGUGCACCUUCUUACAGUAGAUAAACCCAGAGUUGAUAUAGAAUGUGCUGGCAAUAUCUUGUAUUCAACAAUUAUACAGAACGCAAAACGUAAUCCUAAUUUCACUAAUCCUGUUAAAUUUGUCGAUGUAGAACUACCAGAUCAAGAUUUGUAUAGACCACCGCUAACAAUUCGUGUAGUGGAUUGCCGAAGUUUUGGUAGAAUUACACUUGUCGGUACACACACUAUAAAUUCUAUUCAUAAAUAUAUUUAUACACCAAUGAGCAAAAGAGAAAGGGAUAUCGAAGAAAGAAAAAAAUCUUUAAUCCAACUACAAAAUGUAGACCUACGAGCUAACUGUAUUAUACAAGAUGAUGUUUUCACCAUUGAAAAUGAAAAAGAAAAUUGCCCAUUACUUACCCGCGAUGGACGUGGGAAUAUGACUUAUGGUUCUGGAGUAAAACAAUCGAAAGGUAAAAAAUUCUCUAAACGAGACUCUAGUAAAAAGAGGAAAGCCAGCACUGAUUCGGUAUUAGAGGAUGAUGAUGGUAACAAAGACUGGUGGACAAAGUAUUUUGCUUCAGUCGAAUCAAUGAUCGAGGAAGAAAAGGAAGCGAAGAAAGAACGUCAAGGAUUUCUUCAAGCACCUCAAAUGACAUUCGCAGAUGAAACACGGUCCCUUAGGGAAGAAGUGCAUUCACCGCGACCUGAUCGUGAUCGUUCAAAGCGUCGACAAUCAUCUUCACCAAGAGCUAAAGUGAGCCCUACGAUAUCAAAGAAAAAUGAAAUACCAAAUUCAGCUUUGACAAAGAUAUAUCCACAUGAGCUUGAAGCUGUUCCAGAAUAUGAUGAAUUCAAAGAAUGGCUUCACUCUUUCGAAUUAUACAGAGGAAAGAAAACUGGUGAUGAAACUGAAGACGAGAACCGCGUGGUUGGUGUAUUUAAGGGCGCUGUAAAGGUUUAUAAAUGGCCUUUACCAAGAGGAAUUGACGAUCAUACAGUGAUGGGAUUUGAUCCAAAUCAUGGAUUCUUCCAAGGCGUCCCGAAUAAUGACCCGAUCCAUGUAUUAGUCAGAGUUUAUAUAGUUAAAGCUACUGAUCUACACCCCAUGGAUCUCAAUGGAAAAGCAGAUCCCUAUAUAGUGUUGCAUUUAGGUUCAAAAAAAAUAAGUGACAAGGAAAACUAUGUAUCAAAACAACUUAAUCCAGUUUUCGGAAAAUGCUUUGAGAUUGAGGCAACAUUUCCGCAAGAUUCAAUGCUUACUAUACAAGUUCUAGAUUGGGAUUUAUUGGGAUCCGAUGAUUUGAUAGGAGAAACUAAAAUUGAUCUCGAAAAUAGAUUUUAUUCCCGACACAGGGCAACAUGUGGACUACCUAUGAAAUAUGAAGAGCAAGGCUACAACCGUUGGCGGGAUUCUUUGAAACCUACACAAAUUUUGGCAAAAUUAUGCAAAGAUGGGAAAUUAGAUCCUCCUAUAUAUGAAUAUGGAAGAGUUAAAGUGGGUCGCACUGUGUUCAAUAUGCCAAUGGAUGAUAAAGAACUAUUCUCUAAUCCUGACACUACAGAAGAGCAGAUGGCAUUAGUAGUCUUGAGACGCUGGCAAGAGGUUCCACGUGUAGGGACCAAAUUAGUCACAGAACACAUUGAAACUAGACCACUUUAUAAUCCCAGUAAACCAGGUAUCGAACAAGGACGUCUUGAAAUGUGGGUAGACAUGUUUCCCAUGGAUAUGCCACUGCCAGGUCCACCAAUGGAUAUUUCAGCUCGCAAGCCUAAAUCUUAUGAAAUGAGAGUAAUAAUAUGGAACACAGAUGAUGUUGUUCUUGAAGACGAUGCCUUCUUCACCGGCGAAAAAAUGUCUGAUAUUUAUGUAAAGGGAUGGAUAAAAGGCCCAGACGACUGUCAAUCUACAGACAUACAUUAUCGUUCAUUAACUGGAGAAGGAAACUUUAACUGGCGCUUCAUAUAUCCCUUUGAUUAUCUGGAAGCCGAAGAGCGCAUUGUAAUUUCUCGUAAAGAAUCCGUCUUCUCUUGGGAUGAAACAGAGUGUAAGAUUCCUGCUCGUCUCGAGUUACAAGUUUGGGAUGCCGAUCACUUCUCAGCAGAUGAUUUCUUGGGAGCCAUAACCUUAGAUUUAAAUAGAUUCCCACGUGGGGCCAAAUCAUCUAAACUGUGCACUUUAGAUAUGCUGAGAAAUGAUGGCUCGGUGCCUAUGAUCAACAUCUUUAAGCAAAAACGUGUCAAAGGCUGGUGGCCGUUUUACAUAAAACGUGACACUGAAGAAAUGGAACUCACAGGGAAAGUGGAAGCAGAAAUACAUCUCCUUACCCGUGAAGAAGCUGAUAAAGUACCAGCUGGUCUAGGACGUAAUGAACCAGAUCCUUUAGACAAACCCAACCGACCUGAUGCUUCGUUUAUGUGGUUCCUAAAUCCACUAAAGUCGAUACGCUACAUCGUCUGGCACAACUACAAGUGGACUAUCCUGAAGAUAUCUAUAAUCCUCGUGCUUGCUAUAAUGUUCUUACUUCUAGUUUAUGCUGUACCUGGUUACACAGUUAAGAAACUACUCGGGGCCUAAAUAGUAUCUGAUUUUAUCCCCACUUACAUGUAUUACAUUACUUAGAUUAAGAUAUGUGUAAACUUGAUGGAAUCAUGUUUUUGUCUCAACAUAAAUACUUAAAUGGAAUCUUGGGUUAUAUAGAUGGAAACUCUACAAAUGCUUCGAAAGAAAAAACAAAAAGAAAGCCCACUUACAUAUAUUAGGUUACUUAGAUUAAUUUAUGUGUAAACAACUUGAUGAAAUCAUGUUUGUGUCUACAUAUACUCACAAAUACUUACAUAGAAUCUUAGAUUAUAUAGAUGGACUGUUUCCUUAAAGAUCUUUCGAAGAAAAAAAAACAGUUCAACUCAGUAUGUGAGAGAAAUAAAUAUCAUAAUAUUAACUUGAAAGAUAUAAAAAGAUACAAAAUUAAUACAUAUAUAUUUUUAUAUUCGUAAGAAUUUUUGUAUACGUUUCAGUUUAUUAGCGACUCCCAUACCCACUAUGUCAAAUUCAUUCAAAUCAUCUUGAUGCCAUGUUAUUGUAAUAGUAUAUAUUAUGCAUGUAUAUGUUGUAUAAUAUAUGUAUAUGUAUACACAAUACAUACAUAUAUAUAAUUGUAUGUUUAUUAGUAUAAUUAUUUAUACGUUUAACGUAAUACAGGUGCGUUUGUCUGGUGUAUUUGUCGUUUUAAAAUAUAAUCAAUAUUUAGAAAACAUUCACUUCAACCACGGCUCGAAUCGUGCCAAAUAGUUUUCAAGUCAUUUGGGAAACACAGCAAAUGGGAACGAUGAAACAAUAUUUGAUGUCAAGGCCCAACAAGGAAAUCUUCAAAUAUUCUGUUAGGUAUAAUCGUCAAGCUGGAAAUAUAGUCGCUGAUGACGACAGCCUCCGAUGUGUUUCAAUACAGGAUGAUAACCACCUUAAGAGGUUCUAUCUUAUGAUUUUACUAUCAUCAUAUAAGCCGUUAUCAGUCACUGAUAAACAUAAGCCUCCCGCAUCCAUUGACUCCUAGCAAUGCAUUUAAAAUCGUUACUCCAUUUAGUGAGGUGUCAUCCUACAUUGCAUUUGCCUGCAUGGAGUCGCUGUGUGUUCCCGAUGUAGAAUAGGCCACCCCUUCUUUUUCCGUGGAUGUUGUAAGACGUGACUAAGGGAACAAAAUGAUCGGGGGAUGGGCAGCAGCGUCCCUCUUAAAACAGCUUAAAGGCCUAACUGCGGUUGUCAACCCGCUUGCCAAGGGUGGCAACUAUUGGCAAUUUCUAAUAUCCACCACCGCCCAUAAAAUCAGACAGAAUCUCAAUAAACAGUACAAGGCUGAAAAUGGUGGACCCACCAUAUGGAAACCUAUACUGAGAUGCACUAUAAGAGUACUCAAGUAUCACAUAAUGCUCCCCAAUAGUUACUGUAAUAUCACCACACUUUAUGGUAUUGGGAUUUGUUGAUGUGUUGUUGUAAUUCCUAAUAUAUAUUAUGCAUUUAUGUAUAAUUGUAUAUUUAUGAGAAUAACUAUCUAUAUGUGUGGGUAUAUAUUUUAAUAUGUGUAUUUUGUGUAUCUAGUUGUAUUAGAUACUAUUAAGUCAUACUUAGUUUUUACUACUAACUAUCAAUCACUUAGUUUUUAUAUAAUUAUUAACUGAUAGAAGCACUAUAAGGCAAUAAGAUCGCCAAUUCAAUACUAAAUAUAUAUAGAAUGUAUUUAAAAAAUAUAUUCGAAUGAACAAGUUAAUCUAAUUUAUGAAUAAUGGUCCCAAUUAAAAAUAAACGAUCUAGGAAAUUAUCAAUCCAAUUGCGUACUUGCAAAAUUAAAAAAUAAUGUUUUGUUUUAAUUUAAAGAAUCUUGCGUUUGCCUUAUCAAUAUCAAGUUGGUGAUUAUGGAGGGUAUAAGUAAAGAGGACCAUCUCCUUUUAUUGUUAUGUAAAAUAUCAAUAAUUUAUUAAUUAAUUAAAAAAAUAAUCUUCUAAUCAUGCUUUAAAUAGUAAGUAAAACAAUUAUUUUUUUCAAAUAGGCGCAUUACACUCCAGUAACAACUACUACAUUUAUUUCAUACCCUUUGCUACUAUAGAGCCAAUCUGGUGAAAUGUCCCUCAUAUGACAUAAUUCUCUUUACCUCUAUCUUCCAUAGACCCAUCACUUUAGCUGACUAAACUUUGACCGUUUAUGAUCCUCAAUACUAUCUAUAUAAUCUAAGCAUAGAACUAUCUAUGCUAUUACAUUUUACAACGGCAACACUACUAAAUGAUAGUUCUAGCCGCAACAAAGAGAAAAUCUUAUUACAAUCCUCUCGAAUUAGAGAAUAAAUCUAUGUAAUAAGUAUAUAUAUUUAUCAUUAUUAAUAUUAUAAAUGUUAAAACAAGUUUGAUUGAUAACCAUAGGUUGUCAUCACAUUCAAAAUGAUUAGUGUUACAAAAUAAGAUUAUUGUAUUGUUCUGAUAAAUUGAUUUAGAAUUUUUAAUAAUACAUGAUAUACAAAACACGUAAAAUUUCAUAUAAUAUCAAUCCUGAAAGAUUAAAUUUAAAUACAAUCCAAUUCAUAUGAAAAAAAAUAUUAAACAACGAGAACAUAGUUAUUAAUUGCAUUUUUCAUUUUUGCUGUCUCCUAAUCGAUGUAUGUUAUAUUGAAAUAUAUAAUACUGUUGAAGCGUUUAUUAAUUCCAAUAUAACUAGAAUUUAAGUCAUUAGCAAUUAUUAUUAUUAAUUUUAUUAAUGUAAUAGGUUAAAGUAGAAACCUGUAUCAAAUGUGCUUAAUAUAAUGUAGUGGUGUGCCGGAUCGUUAAAUAUGUACUUAUGUUCACAAACACGAAUAUCUACUAUUUACUCAGUUGGUGUCAAACAGUUUUCUUAAUGAAUGAUAAUUGUAUGGUAAUCACACCUCUACUAUCUGAUGGUAGGUGAAGAUGAAAGCAGGUCAGGCCCAUAGUGAUGAAUUCUGUAAGAAUUAAUCACAAUGAUUUCUAGGGGGGACUGAGAGGAUAUGAACAUAUGCUAGCAAUGAGCCCACUAGCUAGUGUUAACCAUCUCUUUCCCCUCAUGAAACGACGGUACAUCUGCCGUUACGGAUACGAAUUUCUGGCACAUAAUUAAUGCUAAUAUAAAAAUGAUCCUAGAACACAUACGAAAUCGAGGCUUAAUUAUAAAACUCUCCAAAAUUAAAUAUGAACCUAAUUGAUUAAAUUGUCCAUAAAAAUGUUGGCAAUCUCUGAAGAUGUCAUUUUGUUAAUAGCAUUUCUUUCUUUGUUUAUAUUAUUGAUCUAAAAUUGCACUAUUGUAGUGGGAGAGGUAAGGAAAACCAUCUCAGUGUUUGUUUUAAUGGCAAACUUUUCAAAAGAAUAAUUAACAGCUGAUUGGAUUUGGGGUCAGUGCACUUUAUCAACAACUAUUAAUUUCAUAUCCUCUUGCGACUAUAGCGCCAUUCUGGAGGGUUUUGGAACUAUUAUUUAUAGGUUACCACUGCUUACCUUCGAUACUGUUCCCCCAUAUAAGGGUGUUCUUUUUACCUCUACACUCCAUAUAUAUUGUGAAAAAAGAUGUUCUAUUUCUUUCUACAAUAUUUAUGAUAUCGUGAUGUGUGUACUAAGAGUGUUGUUGUUUAUAAUUAUUAAGUCAUUAAAUGCUGUGUUCUUAGCUGU